UCCACUCUUCACGUAACUAUAUCAUUUAAUUACGUUAUAAUAAAGACACCUUAUCUCCAAGGAAAUAGCAUUCACUGAGCUUUUAGAUUUGGAUCCGGAAAAAGAAAAAGGAGAAAAGCUUCAAUGGAUCAGAGUAAUGGCCGACGAGUCGUUCUGUUUCCACUUCCAAUACAAGGCUGCAUCAACCCCAUGUUUCAGAUGGCCAAGAUCCUCCACUCAAAAGGUUUCUCCAUCACUAUCAUCCACACGCGCUUCAACGCUCCAAAAGCUUCAAGCCACCCUCUCUUCACCUUCUUCGAGAUACAAGACGGCUUGUCUGAAACAGACAUGAGAACUGAUGAUAACACUUGGCUCUUCACUCUUCUCAACCGAAGAUGCGAGGCUCCGUUUCGUGACUGUUUGACUAAGCUUUUGGGAUCUUCAGAUUCAGAAACAGAGAGGAUUAGCUGUUUGAUCCACGAUUCUGGAUGGACCUUCACAGGAUCCGUAGCUGAGAGUUUGAAGCUCCCGAGAUUGGUUCUCAACGUGUACACAGUUUCCUACUUUCGCAGCCAUUUUGCUCUUCCUAAGCUCCGCCGUGAAGUGAAUCUUCUGUCGCAAGAUCUAGACCAAGACGAUGUAGUUCAGGAGUUUCAACCACUUCGAAAGAAGGAUCUUGUGCGGCUUCUUAAAGAGAAAAGAGAAUACUUAGAACCCUACUUGAAUAUGAUUUUGGAAUCGACAAAGUCGUCUUCAGGCAUUAUAUUCGUUAUGUCUUGUGAAGAGUUGGACCAAGACUCAUUACCUAAGGCACGUGAAGAUUUCAAAGUACCGAUCUUCGCGAUAGGUCCAUCUCAUAGCAAGUUCCCAGCCUCGUCUAGUAGCUUGUUCACACAGGACGAGACUUGCAUUCCAUGGUUAGACCAACAAGAAGACAGAUCCGUAAUUUACGUGAGUUUCGGUAGCCUCGCUUCCAUGACCGGACCAGAGUUAAUUGAGAUUGCUUGUGGUCUAAGAAACAGCGGUCAGCCCUUCUUGUUGGUUGUACGAGUUGGUUCGGUUAAAGGCACAGAAUGGAUCGAGGCCAUACCGGAAGAACUCAUGGCAAAGGUUAACGAGAAAGGGAAGAUAGUGAAGUGGGCACCACAACAAGAGGUUCUGAAGCAUAGAGCUAUAGGAGGAUUCUUGACACACAAUGGUAUGAACUCGGUGGUUGAGAGUAUUUGUGAAGGCGUCCCUAUGAUCUGCUUGCCUUGUUUGUGGGACCAGUUCUUAUAUGCAAGACUUGUUAGUGACGUAUGGAGGGUGGGGCUGCAUCUAGAGCAUCGGAUUGAGAGAAAUGAGAUUGAGAGUGCGAUAAGGAGAUUAUUGUUUGGAAGUGAAGGAGAAGCAAUCCGAGAGAGGAUGACACUUCUUAAGGAGAAAGUCGAAAGAUCGGUUGAAGAAAACGGUUCGGCGUAUCGAUCUUUAGAGAGUUUGAUUGAUCAUAUAUCAUCUUUCUAGCUUUUUUUAUGGAUGUUUUUGAUUUCUUUGUCAUCAUAUAUUUCCAAUCAAACUGUUAAAUGUUUCGAAGUUAUGCCUCCUGUGUGGUUGGCAUUGUUUGAAUAAAACAAGACUAAUAAAUCUAAUAUGCAUUUAGUUUUAUUUAA